CGUUCAAGGGACAUAAACAAAAGCCGCAUCACUUUCAAAAUAAGCAAAAAAUACUAAAAAAUACUAAAUUAGAGGGAAUUUUCACGGUUUUAGGUUAUUUCUGCGAGUUCAGGCGAUAAAAAUGGAUAGCCACGAGGAAGACGGGGAGAUAAUUGACGAGGGAAGGCACCACAUUCACGCGUCUAACGAAGAUCACGAAGUCGAGGAAGAUGAAUUCAGUAUGUCAUCCUAUGAUGGUGACCAAGGAGACAGCCUGGACAUCAAGCCCCCCCAAGCGGUCGUCCAGCGGCGGGAGAAGCGAGAGAAGCGCGAGAAGAGGGAUCGCCACCGUCACAAGGGGGAGCGGCACAAAGACCGCCACCGGAGCCGCGAACAUCGGAGCCACGAGGAGCGCAGGCGAGAGCACCGACGACACAGGGAUCGCGGUGAUGGAGGCGAAAGGAGGGAGAACCGCGACGGUCGAAAGCACAAGGACAGAAGUAGCAAGCACGAGAGGCAGGUGGUCGAUCUCCGAACCAAGCUGGACAAGGGGAGGAAGAUGGUUGACAGAGAAAUGGAACGACGAAGAGACAGAGGACGAGACAUUGAAUACUACAUUGAUGAGAAGGACCAGUACGAACAUCUUGAUUACCACCGUGAGCAUUCCAGCCGAGGGGGAAUGGGAAGUGGGGGGAUGGGUCCCAGCGAACAUCCUGCCUAUGUGCACCACCGGAGAGAAGAUCGCAUGAUGGUCCAGCUCUCGCCAAGGGAAAGAGCAGAACGAGAGCGGAGAAUGGAGAGGUUCCUCGUGGCAGAAAAGCAAAAGGAGCUGUCACAGCGCGAAGCAGAGUCCCGCAGGCAGAGAAGGGAGGAGGAGAGGCGAGAGGAACAGCAGAUGGUCAGGCACCGGGGGGACAGCAUGCAGUACAGGCACUCCCGGCCGCACUCUCCCAUCGAGAUGCACAAAAAGCGCAAAUACCAUCAUCAGGAUCACUAUGUGGUGGCAGAUGGCAUAGAUGAAGUGACCGUCGUGAGCGAAGAGGAGGAGGACGGCGAGUACGAAGACACUGUUAUCAGCCAUGACGAGAGGAAAGGAUCCAACGAGAGGAAGUCGGACGAGGAGAGGAAGAAGAAGAAGAAGAGAAGAAAGGAAGUCGAUGACACCAUGAAGGAGGAGGUCAGAAUGGAGCAGUCCGACACGGCAGGGAGUGGCUCGUCCGACAGCGAGUCGGAUUCGGAGAGGGUUCGCUCACCAACACCCCCUCAGAGGAACCAGUACCAUUCGGAUAGUACCAGUAGUGAAACGGAAGUGGAAGAGGAGGUGAAGAAUGAAGAGGAUGUCAAAGAAGCAAAAGAUACAGCAGAUGUAAUAAGGCAUACUUUGGUGAAACGGGCAGCAUUUUCAACACCAGGGUCAGUGGACAUAGAGCUGAUGUCCGUCGCCACACUUCAAAUUAUCCAAGGUCACGGCAACAAUUAUGUGGGUAAUGAGUGGGAGGUCACAAUUGUUAGCAGAUGUAAUAAGGCAUACUUUGAUGAAACGGGUUGCAGUUUCAACACCAGGAUCAGUGAAUAUAGAGCUGAUGUCCGUCGCCACAGUACUUCUAAUGCCAUGGUUGUGCAUGUAGAUGAAGCUGGACGUCUACCGAACCGGAAGGAAACAGAAGUAAUCCAUGGAGGAUUUAACAAACAAAAAAGAAAAAUUAUUAAAGCUGGAUACAUCACACUGGAGAUAAAUGUAAACACUGCAUUGGGCAGCUUCAAAUUAUCCAAGGUCACGGCAACAAUUAUGUGGGAUAAUGAGUGGGAGGUCACAAUUGUUCAGGUGGUUUGUAUCCUUGUCACACUUCAUUUCAUGGGCUCCAGUGUGGAUAAUAUCCAUAGGGUUUCAUUCGGUGUCAUUGAAUUAGUCGUAAGGAAACCCUCUCUUUGUUGUCGUGGGAAUUUCAGCUCUUUACUGUUUUCUGCAACUGCAGCAGAUGUAAUAAAGGCAUACUUUGAUGAAACGGGUUGCAGUUUCAACACCAGGAUCAGUGAAUAUAGAGCUGAUGUCCGUCGCCACAGUACUUCUAAUGCCAUGGUUGUGCAUGUAGAUGAAGCUGGACGUCUACCGAACCGGAAGGAAACAGAAGUCACGGCAACAAUUAUAGUCGAGGAUCGCCGUUCGGACCGAGAAGAGGCAGAGUAUUUGGAUGACUCUCCCCCAGAAUCUCCAGUAGAGUUGAAGGAGCAACUGCCUUCCUACUAUCCAGCCAUCAUGGGGUGUCGUUCCGUUGAUGAGUUUGAGUGCCUCAAUAGAAUUGAAGAAGGAACGUAUGGUGUGGUCUAUAGAGCCAGGGAAAAGGCAACCAACCAGAUAGUCGCCUUGAAAAGACUGAAGAUGGAGAAGGAGAAGGAAGGUUUCCCCAUCACGUCACUGCGAGAGGUCAAUACUCUGUUGAAGGGCCAGCAUGAGAAUAUUGUGACUGUGCGAGAAAUUGUUGUGGGGAGCAACAUGGAUAAGAUUUAUAUUGUAAUGGAUUACGUUGAACAUGACCUGAAGAGCCUGAUGGAGACGAUGCGUUUGAAGAAACAGAUGUUUACCAUUGGAGAGGUCAAGACGCUCAUGAUCCAGUUAUUAAGAGCUGUCCAUCACCUGCACGACAACUGGAUUCUGCACAGGGAUCUGAAGACUUCCAAUCUGCUGCUUUCACAUCGAGGGAUCCUAAAGGUGGGUGAUUUUGGGCUGGCCAGAGAGUACGGAUCGCCUCUCAAACACUACACACCUGUUGUUGUCACAUUGUGGUACCGAGCACCUGAGUUACUGUUAGGAUCCAAACAGUACUCUACGCAUAUUGAUGUAUGGUCUGUUGGAUGUAUCUUCGGAGAACUGCUGGGCAUGGAGCCAAUGUUUCCUGGCAAAUCAGAGAUUGAUCAGCUGAACAAAAUUUUCAAGGACCUGGGAACACCAAGUGAAAAGAUCUGGCCUGGAUACAGCCAGCUGCCCUUGGUGAAGAAGACCCAGUUUGCGGAUUAUCCUUAUAAUCAUCUCCGUGAGAGGUUCAAGACAAGGCUCUCUGACCAAGGCUUCAACCUCCUCAACAGAUUUCUGACCUACAACCCGCCGAAGCGCAUCACGUGCCAGGAGGGGCUGUACCACGAGUACUUCGACAAGGAGCCCCCCCUGCCCAUUGACCCCGCCAUGUUCCCCACGUGGCCAGCCAAGUCGGAGAACCCUCACGGCCGCUCCAAGAAGACGGGCAUCAGUCCCAAGCCUCCGUCCGGCGGAAAGAACUUCAAGGAUCUGGUCGACGAGACUGAAGAGCUAGCGGCCAGAGGAUUCUUCCUGGGAGGAGCGAAUUCCAGCGGCCCGGGGUUCGUGCUGAAGAUGUGAGCAGAAAGCUGCGGCAGUUUAGAAAGGCUACUGUGGACUCUUUUUUUUUGGGGGGGUGGGGGGUUUGCAGAAAAUGUGUGGGAUAUUUUUAAAAUUAUUUUUACGGUAUUUAUUUUGUCAUUAUGAAGGGAGAGAUGAUUGGGUUUGUUGAACUUCAGAAACGAAAUGGGGGUUUAUAUUGUAAUUAUUAUUGUCGUUGUUAUUAUUAUUUUUUUUAAUGAAUUCAGUUGCAGAUUCCUUGUUUAAUCGUGUAACAUAGAAAGGGUAUGUACCCUUUUCCUUCACCAAUUGUAUUAUACUUUUGAAUAGUGGUACAAAAGACAAUGACAGGAAUUUUUAAAAUCUGUGAAAUGUACAUUUUGAUUAGAUAUUUAUGGCAAAAUAUUUAGUCAUCAAUGAAUGUCAUGUUUUUAUAUUUAGGCUUCAUUUUUUAGCAGUAUGGAAUAUUAGUUAGAUUAAACUAUUAAUUAUACAGGGGAGCAGAUUCUGGAUGGUUUUCCCUGAAAUACUGUGUAUUCUCCUAGGGAUUUUGUAUAUAAAACCUUAAUAAAGUAAUUUUUUAUAAAA